ACCAAUCCCAGCAAACGCCACAGAGAACGUUUGAACUUUGAACUUGAACGCCUAGCCAACUUGCUACCAUUCGAAAAAUCCGUCAUAUCCAAAUUGGACAAGCUGUCCAUUCUAAGACUGGCGGUCAGUUAUCUUAGGUCCAAGAAUUAUUUUCAAUCAAUAUUCUGUGAGUCGUCACCACACUACAACCACGGCAACUACAACUACAACGACCACCACAGCGUUCACAGCGGUCACCAGGCUUUGAACGGGUUCUUAAUGAUGGUCACCGACGAUGGCGAGAUCUUCUACGUCUCUGAAACUGUUGAGCAAUACCUCGGCUUUCAUCAAUCCGACAUCAUCCACCAAAGUGUUUUGGACCUAAUUCAUUCAGAAGACAGGGCAGAAUUUAGGAAACAUUUGAAACCAUCACCAUCGUCAUCAUCAUUGUUACCUUCAUCAUCAUUCAUGCCAUCAUCGUCGUCAUCUUCAACGUCGGGUUUGUGUUAUAUGAGAAAAUUAAUUUAG